GUCAGGUCUGGUGGACAGCAAGUGCAGUGUAGCAAACGUUAUGUCAUCGUCCCCUUCAAGACGUCGCUCAGGAUCAAAACGUCAGAUAAGAGACAAAAUCGACGCAUCGCUGUUGUCAUCGUGUGAACCAGAAAUUCAAGAGUUGCUGCGGCAGGUGGACGGUUUGUUGGACAGCAAGAGAAGUGAGUGGGAAAGCAGAGUGGCGGGACUGAAGAAGCAACUGCAGCGCAGGGACGGUGAAUUGUGUGCUUUGCGAGCAGCUUUGCAGCGUAAGAGCACUGAGGUAGAACGAUUGCAGGCAAAAUUUGAGGAUGCAGAAACUCAACAGGAGGAGCAAAUGAGUAGUUAUGAAGUUCAACUGACAACUUUGAAGACAGAACUCUCUCGUCUAAGUCGGAAACACGAAAAACUUCAGACAAAGAAAGAGCAUCAAAUGGAUGGAAUUGACAGGGAACGUCAGAAGGUUUUCGAGGACUACAGGUUUGCUAAUCAAGAACUACAGCACCUGCGAAAAGCAUUUGAGGAGUUACAUGUGAAGUCAUUGCUGUGGGACAAAGAGAAGACGUCGUUGGAGAAGGCAGCGGAACAAGCUGUGGCCGAGAGUGAGGCGAUGAGAAGUCGAUGUGUUUAUCUUGAGGAAUGCAAUGCUACUUACCAACGAGAUCUGGAAAGGUACAAGCGUCUUCAACUUAAUUCUGAACAAACACACAAAGUUCACAUAGCUCAGAUGGAGGCCAAGGUGAAACUGAACCAACAAGAAUCAGACAACAAGCAAGAUGGCAUGAGCAGACUGCAAUCAACUCUAACAGAGACUUUUGCAAAACUGAGACGCAAGAGCGGCGAAUGUGAAAGACUGCAUUCUGAACUGGCUACGAACAGUGACUCUCUUGAUACUUUGAGAAAAGAGAAUACUCAGUUACAAUGUGAGCUACAGCAACGAGAUCAGCAGUUGAAGUCGGUUGAGAAAUCUCGAUCUCGACUGUCAAGGGAAACGACCGAGUUAAGGGAAUCUCUGCAGUCAAAGGAUGAUGUCAUCACAGUAUUAGAAGACCGGGGUAAGAGAGGCAGCUCACCAGAGACGACGUUGCUGAAGGCCGACUUGAGUAGGUCUCAAACAACAGUGAGGACUCUCACAAUGAAACAGAAGGAACUAACAGAGGAAGUGAAGUGUCAGCAGCAGUUGGUAGACAGUCUGAAACAGCAGUGCCAUUUGCUUCAAAGUAAACUCAACCAUAAGGGAGAAACAUUGCAGAAUUCACACACUAAAGCACUGGAACUAAGAGACGACGAAAUAACACAACUGCGGCUAAGGGCACAAGAACUAGAAGAAGAGCGUCACACAUUUUUGAGUGACGUGAGCAAGCUACGAAGCAAAUUGGCUGACAGGGAAGGCAAGAACGCAGCUUUUGUUGGCCGGUUGAAUACACUCGAACAGCAAAACCGUACAAGACAGGCAACACUAGAUAGGCUGACUGACAAUUUGAAAGUGGCUAAUUCUCAAAUCAAAGUACUCCGUCAUGAAAAUAAGAGUCUACGCGAUGCUGCUGAAUCCACUAUGCAGAACGAUCAGCAUGACGUCGAGGAAAGCCUUGUGGAGAUAAACAACCAACUACAGUCUGCGACCAUAUCUGCAUUAGAGGAUGAAAACAGUCAUUUGAAGUCUAAAGUUGACGAGUUGGAAUCAAGUUUGUCGAAGCUCAAACAAGAACACUGUGAGUCCGUUAUCAUAUCAGAUCGUGCUCUUCACGGUGUGGAAACCAACAGAUUCGAGUUGAAGGAGACGGGUGAAGAAGUGGGUGUGGGUGUUGAGUUGAGUGAUGGACACUUUGGCUUGGAAGACGUUCUACAGCAUGAUAAUGGCAAUUUGUUACUAGAGGAGAGUCCCAUACUCGUUCAAAGUUCACCCGAUGAUCACCAAGCUGUUCCUUUAAUGACAUCAAGUCGAAAAUCAGUUGUGUUAUCACAUCCAUCUUCUCUUGAAGACUACGGUCCUGAGUUAAAUGUAUCGGGGUCAGCUCACAGCUACGUGGUGGGCAGUUUGUCUGACAGUUCCCUGUGUGUUACACCAUUGAGUUCUGAGAGUCACUGGAGUCUUAAGAGCGAAGAUCUUGAUAUGGCUGGAAUAUUUAAAACCGAUGAACUCGACAAAGUCCUCGAUGCCCGAAUAUCAGCAUUUGAAUCUAGUGUCGACAUCAACGGAGAUCAAUUCAACCAAUAAAAUCACUAGAUGACAGUCAUUGCUCGCUCUUGUAUGAAACACACUCGUUGAGUUUAAUUUACGAUAUACCGGUAUACGACAUUAUUCUGCAAUGAAAUAUAAUUUGCAUAAAGGAUCGUUAGAUCAUUAGA